AUGAACAUUUUAGCGGCCAGUGCGAUCCGCCGCUCACGGGGAGCGCGCAGUGACGCAAGUGAGCGGGCCUCCGCCAGGCUUUUCGGCGGGGCCCCUCCACCAGCGCGUUUUGUUUACAAGAGCCCACGCAGCCCGCCCGGCACUCGGCAGCAGGCCUGCACGAGAGACGCUCCGCGCUCACCGCCACCGGCUCCGCUACGAAUAAGUGACGAGAUAAGUGACGUCCCGUGUAUCCGCGCGAAAACUAAUCCGCGCGAGCCACGACCGUUCGAGAUAUACGCGAGUUGUGUGUGUGUGAGGAUAACCGCCGCCGAUACGCUACCUGUGUGUCGACGCCUUAACGGAGGGAGCAGCGCGAACCGCGAACCGCCGUUGCCGUUGCGCAACCACAGUCCGAUCGAGAUCAAUCAUUUCGCUAUCGACGCGAUGCCCAGUGUCUGGGUCGUGCCGCUCCAGUUCGCGGUUCCGGCGCGA